AUGCCAGGUUUCUCACAAGCCACCGAGCUCAAUGCUUGGAAGGAGCUCCAGGAGCACCACAAUGCCCUUGGCCGCAACAUUGUCCUGAAGGAGUACUUCCAGAAGGACCCCCAGCGCUUCGAGAAGUUCAGCCGCCGCUUUGCCAACACGGUAGACAACUCCGAGAUUCUCUUUGACUUCUCGAAGAACUUCCUGACCGAGGAGACCCUGUCUCUGCUGGUCAAGCUGGCCAAGGAGGCCAAUGUCGAACAGCUGCGAGAUGACAUGUUCUCGGGUGAGCACAUCAACUUCACCGAGGACCGUGCCGUCUACCACGUCGCGCUCCGCAACACCGCCAACGAGCCCAUGCAGGUCGAUGGCCACAGCGUCGUCGAGGAAGUCAACUCGGUGCUCGAGCAUAUGAAGGAGUUCUCCGAGCAGGUGCGCAGUGGUGAGUGGAAGGGCUACAGCGGCAAGAAGAUCAACACCAUCAUCAACAUCGGUAUUGGUGGCUCCGACCUGUAA